CUAAACCAAAACACAGCGGCGGCCGCGCAGUCCGUCGCUUGGACUCGCGUAGCGAGAGUCACGGCAGAAGCUUAACAAACUUGUUGGAUCUCUCCUUUGCAUUUCGCACUUUCAAGUUGUUUAAACCUGUGAACUAAUUAGCAUAUUGCUAAACACACUCUGGACGCGUGCACCCGUGAUGGAAAAGCCGGAGUCAAAAUCGGUGUCUACGUCGGAGAGGAGGCAAGCCAUACUGAAAACAAUCGCGAGGAGAGACAGUUGCAAGAAAAGAGCGGCGCAGAUCGUGGAGGAGAUGCUGGAGAGCUCGCUGUCCGAGGAAUGGCUGCUGGGAGUUUUGCAUGAACUAUCUCAACAAGACUAUCAGGAUGCCGUUGAGGAAAGAACAAUAGUGCAGCUUUGUGGCUAUCCUCUCUGCAACAAGAAUCUUACUCAGGUACCGAAGCAGCAAUAUCGCAUCUGCAUGAAAACCAAGAAAGUCUAUGACAUUACACAUCGCAAGCAAUACUGCAGCAAUGCCUGCUAUCGUGCAUCAACAUUUCUGAAAGGCCAACUGUGGGAUGGGCCACUGUGGCUUCGAGACGAGGCAGACACUGCUAAAAAGUACAGAGUUUACCAUGAAGCAGAGCAGCUUGCACAGAGUGUAAAGAGAGAUGGCCGUGGUGAGGAAGUAGACCUGGGUCACAGCCGCCUGGCUGAGAAAGACGUCGAAGGCCCUCAAGAGAGCAGACCUGCAGAUAUGCUACGACCUGCGAAGGACGUCUCGCCUUACGUGACUCCUGAUGCUUUGAAGAAGUUGGCAGACAGCAUUGACAAAAUGACCCUGGGCAGUCCGAAGUCCACAGCCCAGGCAAGGAACAUUGAGGAGUCAGGCACUGAUGAUCAAGAACUAGAGGAUGGCUAUGACCAUGAACGUGAAAGCCUCGAUACAAAUGAGAGGCCUCCAGCAGCAACUUCGCCUUCACCCAACAACGAACCAGCAGCAGCUGAAAAGUUGAACAGUCGAACAACAAACAGUGUUCCCAGCCGCAACCAAAAGUCGUGGCAGAAAGCGUUGGCAAGUGAGCAAGCAAGGGCAGUAAAAGCACCUACCACAAGCAGUGACACAGUUGGUCCUCCAAUAGACCGAGUCAGACAUGCCCUGAAGCAGUGGAUCACGGCGGAGACGGUUGCUUUUCUUGUUGGAAAUGGUGCAGCUAGGCGAUUUCGGAUUAACAAUAGGAACCGGGAGGAAGCCAUCAAAAUCGAGCGGUAUCACGCACUCUAUUCAAAGCUCUGCAAACGUCUCGACGAGGAGGAGAGGGUCGAGGAAAGGCUUGGAGCGGCUGCCUUAGACUCGGACGAUGACGAAGAUGUGCAGGUUUCGAAAAAACCAUCAGCUCCUAUGCCUACAAUGGAGCAGCUGCGACAAGAUUCGCAACGAAGAAAACUGGAAAUUCUUGAACGGCAUCAGGAUACCUUUAAGAAGAGAGAAGUGCAUGCAAGAACUAAACAAAGUGCUACAUCAGUGUCAAAGACAGGUGGCAGCAAGCCAAGAAGAGAAAAACAGACAGAGGACCCUGGAACGACGGAGUCAUGCGAACGAGAGCCUGUGCUUCCCCUUGUAGACAGCCAUGCUCAGAAUGUUCACCGACGCAGGAUAGUGCUUAACUGGUUGAGGAAAGUGCUUCCUGACAUCUUGGACGUGCUGUACAUGGAUCUGUCGCAGGUGUCAUCUUAUUUGACGGAACUAAUCUUGACGUUCAGGCUGUCUGCUGAAAACAUCACCUUCAGGUUGGAAACCUGGACACAUAUAGCUGCUGGGAUACUGCUCAUGCUUUCGAGGAAGUGUCCACCACUGAAUUCUGCCAUUAUGAUGGAGGAAUCACGGAGGCGCUUUUCCAUAUUUUUGGAAGACGGUGGACUUUCUCUGCAGGACACAACGCAUGUGGUUGAUGACUUGCUGGGCAGUUAAUGCCCCCUCUAGUCAUUAUGUAUAUUAAAUAAACUAAUUACAUGUC